AUGCUAGUAUUCGUCGCCGUCAUCUUCCCGCCGCUUCCAGUGUGCAUCAAAAGAGGCCUAUGUUCGGCGGACAUGCUUAUCAAUAUCGCGCUCUGUCUAUUGGGAUACGUCCCGGGCCUUAUCCACUCAUGGUAUAUCAUCCUCAAAAACCCGGACAUGCUAAAUUACGACGACCUGGAGCGCCAGCAGAUCAUAAUAAACAUACCGUCCUCCCCGCCAGGUAUGGUGGUGUCCCGUCAGCCGGAUCGAACGAAAAUCCAGUUCCGCCACCCUGAACCGUUCCAGACGCCCCAUUCCCACAAUCCAACCUUGGUGGAACAGAAUCAACUCAGCCCGCGCUCGAGCCCGCUCCCUCUGAAUAGAGAAGCAAAUGAGCGCCCGUCAGAGACGAACCAGCCGUCCCAGCUGGCACAGAACGUGCUGUAUGGGUCCACGGCCGAUUAUACCCCCGAGGAGGCGCCGCCAAGCUACGACAACGUCAUGAACGAGACCGCCAAACAUCCAAACGGCAGUAUUCUUGCCACCGCGUCCAUUGACAGGACCAUCAAGCUGUGGAAACGGUCAGAGACGGGGGUGACGUACUGGAAGACGCUCGUGGGCCAUACAAAAGGCAUUUCCAGCAUUGAGUUUGCGCCAAACUCCAAGUUCAUCGCGUCUGCAUCAGACGAUCUCACGAUCCGAAUAUGGGACGUGAAAAGGGGCGAGCUUGUCCAGAUAUUAAGAGGCCACACGUUUCAUGUCACCGUUCUGAAGUUUCAUUAUAGAGGCUCUAUUUUGGUGAGUGGCUCUGCUGACGAAAAUAUCCGUGUCUGGGACCUCAGGAGAGCGAAAUGCAUGAAAGUUUUGAGCGCGCAUUCUGACCCAAUUUCGAGCCUGGACUUUUCCUUUGACGGAACCGUCAUCGUGAGCGGCUCGUACGACGGGCUCAUCAGACUGUUUGAUCUCGAAACCGGGCAGUGUCUCAAAACACUCAUAUACGAUAAAAGCGGCUCGUCGUACCCUGUGAGUUGCGUGACGUUCUCUCCAAACUCGAAAUACAUAUUGUCAAGCUCGCUGGACGGGUUUGUGCGGUUGUGGGACUACAUGAACAACAAGGUGGUCAAGACUUUUCAGAACGUUGACGGCGGCGCUGUGGCGGAAAAAUACAGUCUGGGGACCUGCUUUCUCACCUGUUUUGCGAGCCCGCUAGUGUGCUCGGGCGACGAGAAGGGCAAGGUGCUGAUGUGGGACAUCCAGAGCAAAGGGAUCGUUUGCCAACUGGAUACCGGUAGCGGCAGUCCUGUGAUGGAAGUGGAGCCUGUUGACAACGGGGAGCAGCUGUUGACAGUGUGCAUGAACGGACAGAUCAGGCUAUGGCAAUGCGAAGGCGAAUGA